CACAACUGAAACAACGACAACUCCCACAACAAUUGAAACAACAACCACUCCAACGACAUCCGCAAUGUCGACCACUAUUGAAACAACUACAACUCCCAUGACAACUGAAACAAGUACCACCCCGACGACAACCGCAACAUCGACCACUAUUGAAACAACUACAGCUUCCUCGACGACUGAAACUACAACUACUACUCCGACAACUACCGUAACGUCAACCACUAGUGAAACACCUACCACUGCCACAGUUGCCGAAGCAACUACCACCCCGAUAAAAACCGCAAUGUCGACCACAUUUGAAACACCAACAACUCCCACAACUACUGAAACAACAACCACAUCCGAACCCAGCAGGACCACAACUGAACUGACCACCACAACAACUUAUUCAACCACAAACACUACUGAACCUUUCACCACAGCAACUGCCCUGACAACAACAAUUGAACUCACCACAACAACAACUGAACUUUUCUCCACUACAACUUAUUCCACCACCACAACAUCUACAACUCCAAUUACUUCCAAUGGCCCCACCACUACAACCGUAACCUCUACUACUCUUACCACUACCAAAGCCCCUACCACUCCAACUGUAACCUCUACGACUCCAACCACUACCAAAACCCCCACCACUUCAACCGUAACCUCUACUACUCCAACGACUACCAAACCCCCCACCACUACAACCAUGACAUCUACUACUCCAACCACUACAACUGUCAUCUCUAGUACUCCAACCACUACCAAAACCCCCACCACUUCAACCGUAACCUCUACUACUCCAACCACUACCAAACCCCCCACCACUACAACCGUGACAUCUACUACUCCAACCACUACAACUGUCAUCUCUAGUACUCCAACCACUACCAAAACCCCCACCACUUCAACCGUAACCUCUACUACUCCAACCACUACCAAACCCCCCACCACUACAACCGUGACAUCUACUACUCCAACCACUACAACUGUCAUCUCUAGUACUCCAACCACUACCAAAACCCCCACCACUUCAACCGUAACCUCUACUACUCCAACGACUACCAAACCCCCCACCACUACAACCAUGAUAUCUACUACUCCAACCACUACAACUGUCAUCUCUAGUACUCCAACCACUACCAAAACCCCCACCACUUCAACCGUAACCUCUACUACUCCAACCACUACCAAACCCCCCACCACUACAACCGUGACAUCUACUACUCCAACCACUACAACUGUCAUCUCUAGUACUCCAACCACUACCAAAACCCCCACCACUUCAACCGUAACCUCUACUACUCCAACCACUACCAAACCCCCCACCACUACAACCGUGACAUCUACUACUCCAACCACUACAACUGUCAUCUCUAGUACUCCAACCACUACCAAAACCCCCACCACUUCAACCGUAACCUCUACUACUCCAACCACUACCAAACCCCCCACUACAACCGUGACAUCUACUACUCCAACCACUACAACUGUCAUCUCUAGUACUCCAACCACUACCAAAACCCCCACCACUUCAACCGUAACCUCUACUACUCCAACCACUACCAAACCCCCCACCACUACAACCGUGACAUCUACUACUCCAACCACUACAACUGUCAUCUCUAGUACUCCAACCACUACCAAAACCCCCACCACUUCAACCGUAACCUCUACUACUCCAACGACUACCAAACCCCCCACCACUACAACCAUGAUAUCUACUACUCCAACCACUACAACUGUCAUCUCUAGUACUCCAACCACUACCAAAACCCCCACCACUUCAACCGUAACCUCUACUACUCCAACCACUACCAAACCCCCCACCACUACAACCGUGACAUCUACUACUCCAACCACUACAACUGUCAUCUCUAGUACUCCAACCACUACCAAAACCCCCACCACUUCAACCGUAACCUCUACUACUCCAACCACUACCAAACCCCCCACCACUACAACCGUGACAUCUACUACUCCAACCACUACAACUGUCAUCUCUAGUACUCCAACCACUACCAAAACCCCCACCACUUCAACCGUAACCUCUACUACUCCAACCACUACCAAACCCCCCACUACAACCGUGACAUCUACUACUCCAACCACUACAACUGUCAUCUCUAGUACUCCAACCACUACCAAAACCCCCACCACUACAACUGUCAUCUCUACUACUCCAACGACUACCAAACCCCCCACCACUACAACCAUGACAUCUACUACUCCAACCACUACAACUGUCAUCUCUAGUACUCCAACCACUAGCAAAGGCCCCACCACUACAACUGUCAUCUCUACUACUCCAACGACUACCAAAGCCCCCACCACUACAACCGUGACAUCUACCACUCCAGGCACUACAACCGUAACCUCUACUACUCCAACCACUACAAAACCCCCCACCACUACAACCAUGACAUCUACUACUCCAACCACUACAACUGUCAUCUCUAGUACUCCAACCACUACCAAAGGCCCCACCACUACAACUGUCAUCUCUACUACUCCAACGACUACCAAAGCCCCAACCACUACAGCCGUGACAUCUACCGCUCCAACCACUACCAAAGCCCCAACCACUACAACCGUAACCUCUACUACUCCAGCCACUACCAAAGCCCCCACCACUACAACUGUGACAUCUACCACUCCAGCCACUACAACCGUAAUCUCUACUACUCCAACCACUACCAAAGCCCCAACCACUACAACCGUAACCUCUACUACUGCAGCCACUACCAAAGCCCCCACCACUACAACUGUGACAUCUACCACUCCAGCCACUACAACCGUAACCUCUACUACUCCAACCACUACCAAAGCUCCCACCACUACAACCGUGACAUCUACCACUCCAGCCACUACAACCGUAACCUCUACUACUCCAACCACUACCAAAGCUCCCACCACUACAACCGUGACAUCCACCACUCCAGCCACUACAACCGUAACCUCUACUACUCCAACCACUACAAAAGCCUCCACCAGUACAACCAUGACAUCUACUAGCACUUCAACAACUCAAGCAGACUCAACUGCAGCAUCCACCAAAUUUGAAACUUUGCUGACCACAUUUCCGCAAACAACACUAUCAACAACAACUGCAGAAGUCUCAAGAAACAAUGUGGUGCUUUUGAGCUUCAAAAUGACUUUGGUGUUUAUACCAGCUCUAAAUGACAACAAUUCACCAGAAUUUCAAUCUUUGUCAGUGACGGUCACCAUUGAGUUGAAUUCCUUGUACAGCAAGAUUUACAAGAACUUCAUCACCUGCAUUGUCCUUGGUUUCUGGCCUGGCUCAGUAGGAGUGGACACCAAACUGAUCUUCAGCAAUGAAACUUCACUCCCCAAUGUUACUAAUGUGAAAGAAACGCUGUUGGAAGCAACCAACACAACAUCCAUAUUAAAAAUUAAUUCAACCACCAUUAUUGCCGAAAUACCAGCCGCCGCCACCACCACAGUUUCUCCGAACAGCACCAGCCUUACAUCAGCUGCCACCUCAUCACUCCCCACGAAAACAGCGGAGUCUACAUCAAGCGCACCUCCCACAACACUUAUGUCUACGACCACAGCUUCUACCGAUCCUCCUGGUCCAACGGAAGGUUACCUCAAUCUGACCUUCAGAAUCAACCAAACAUUUUUUGCACCCUUGGGAAACAGAUCGUCUCUCGAGUUCAAGGCCUUGGCACAGAACAUCACAACUGGGCUGACUAACAUGUUCAGAGCAAUCUACAAGGACAUUUUCCUGAGGUGUUAUAUCAUAGGAUUCUGGAAUGGGUCUACAGGAGUGGACACCAACUUGAUCUUUACGAAUCAGUCGGUGGUUCCCAAUGCUACCAGCGUCGAGAACUAUUUUAAGGAAGGAAUCGGCUCUUCAGCAGUCUUCCAAAAUGUGAUCUUAUCCAGCAUUCACGCAGCAGUGCCAGGCUCCACCACAAACACGACCAGCACGCCUGCCGUGACAGGAACAAUAGCGACCAGCUCUGCCAGUCCCUCCACGACAUCCAAGGCAUUCAGCAGUUUCACGUCAACCAACAGGCCAAAGGAAGUGGCUGCUCUUCUAAUCCCAGUUAUUCUGGUUCAUUUUUAUUGGCCUAGCUGGACAUGAAAAAUGCAGUUCAUCUGAAAAUAUCACACAAUACACUGAGUAUAUAUUUUUAGAGAUUGUUAAUCAUUUAUAUUCCUUGAACUCAUUUCGUUAAGUCUACUACUGUAUAAGUUAUGCCUUAAUACUCUUUUCCAAUUAAAAUGUAGGCAUAUUUUUUCCACAGGGGGAAAAAAUUCAAUAUCAUGAGUAUUGUUGAAUCGUCAAUACAUGAUAUUCAUGCAGUUAAGAACUGCUCUUUUUAAUAUCAUGCGCUACACUGGAGAUUGAACGUAUUGUUUUUGGGGUAUGUUAAUGUUUUAUUUGUCAUUUUAAUUCCUCUGAUAUUUCCUCAUAAAUUAUAAUGCUUUCCCACAAUUGUGUAAGGUUUUUUAAAUUAAAAAUAUAUAUAUAUAU